GUUGCUCUCGAUGGGGAUGGCAGUGGCAGUCCGACCCGCAGCGGACUCCACAGAGGAACGACCCCCCCGCAGAAGCAGAAGAAGAAGAAGAAGAAAAAGAAGAAGAAGAAGAAGCCGAGAAGAAGUGGUUUCUUGUAACAGUCCAACGAAGAAGAAAACAACAGCCUCUUUCUACUGAGACGGUUUGAGUCGGAGGAGAGUUCCGAGGAGGCUUCGGGGCGCUUCAGGGGGCUUUGGGGGCUUUGGAGUCAUGCACAACGGCUGUGAGGCUGGGAGCUCCUAGCCAAAGGCCGGGCGGUAACGAGGACGUCGGCGAGGGAACCCCCCUGAGGCUCUGCGUUCCUGCGAUGCCAGAAGAGGCCGGCGGCGGCAUGAGAGCGCCAGCCACGCCAGAAAAGUCCAACGGCGGCGAUCGCCCCGCGGCCACCGCGGUGAACAUCCCCCUGGUCAAUGAGACUCAGCUGACCGCCGCCACCGGCGGGGCGGAGCUGUCCUGCUACCGCUGCACCGUCCCCUUCGGCGUGGUGGUCCUCAUCGCCGGCGUGGUGGUCACCGCCGUGGCCUACAGCUUCAACUCGCACGGGUCCACCAUCUCGUACUUUGGCCUGGUGCUGCUCUCCUCUGGCCUGGUGCUCCUGGCGUCCAGCGUGGUCUGCUGGAAGCUGAGGCUGGAGAGGAGGAAGGAGCGGCGGCGGGAGAGCCAGACCGCCCUGGUCGCCAACCAGAGGAGUAUUUUCACCUGAACCGGCAGUCCGGACUCAUGGACCAGGGGGGGGGGGGAUUUCUUUGCAGAGUUCCGGGCCUCGUUCUUGAGAGUUUUAGCAGAACCAGCUGCGGGCAGAUGCUGACCGGCAUGUUUUGUUUUCCGACAUGUAAAAAAACAGAAAGAAAGAAAAAACCGACUGCAGACUCUAGAGGCCCAGAAGCUUUGAACACUUUGUGAGGGAUUUAUUUGUCCAACAGACGCCGAGCAUCUGGCGAGCUGGGAACGCAGCCAGAGGGAAUGUAUCACAAUUAAGAUGAAUUACCGCAGCGCGAAGCGAUGUAGAGGAAGUCUCCCAUUAAUCUGCCGUUGGAUGUUGGCGGCUUUGAUUGUAAUCGGAGGGAUUGCGGUCGGAAAGGCCCAGGAGACCAGAGGGAAAAACCGAAGAAACCCAGGGACAAUGAUUCACGCCUCAUUUGACCACACUUCAUCUUGGACAUAUGGGUUUGUGAAGCCUCAGCGAUCAUCUCACGGGGCUUAUUAGGAAUGUUUUGGAAGUAUGGUACUCGAUGAGGAUUGUCUUUACAACAUGCCAUUAUAUUCAGUGCAGCAAAGCCGUCUAGAAGGCAAAUGAGGUUCAAGGGAGCCUUUAACCUCAAUUAUAUAUCCUGUCGAAGGCCUUUGAUUAUCAUAUUCGGCAUAUUCAGUAUUAAACUAUGCUAUUAACUAAUAAAGUAGCCUGUAGGGAUUUAUCCAGAAUUCUACCACCUAGUAGGCAAAGAAACAUCAGGAGUUGCAUGUUGGACACCUGGAGAAACGCACAACAACGUACAACGCAACAAAGUCACUGGUGUCAAUGAAUAACAAUCGCAUGUAACGCGAAAACGUAACAACAACGUGAUAUAACACAUGAUUUAAUAACAGUACUUUUCGUACUAGAAGUUUGCUAAGAAGCGGCGGCGGCGGCGGCGGUGACUCCUCCCACCAGUCCGGGUUUACCGGCUCCUUGGACUCAUUGUCGUACGACGUCGCUUGUUACUUGUCCCGAGCAAACGCAAAAGGGACGAGACUCUAAUGUUGAAUACCUGCAUUUUACCUGGUGGAUGAGUUGAACUGUGAGUAGCUUUGCUAAUUUUGGUAAAUUUGGAACAUCAUAAUGAGACUUGGUGUGAUGAUCACGUAUUGUACUUGUUGUACCCACAUACAAGAAAUACUUAAUGUAGCAUUUGUUUUGCUUUAAGGUCAUCGUUUGCAUGUAUCAGCUGUUGCCGGGACGUCAUCAGGUUUAAUAAACUGAUAUAUACACAAACAUG